CCCAGGCGCCCCUAUCUCCUUGGCACUGAGAUGCAGAGAACAGAGAUAAGUUAUCCACAGACACAGAGUCAGUACGCUGAAACGGCAGGAUUCAAACCCAGGCAGGCUGGGAUCCAAGUAAAUGUUCCUGACCCUCGGCUAUGCCAAGUUUCCCCACAGCCUUGACCCGAGUAGGGCCGGGACAGGGACCUGGCAUGAGACGUGCUUUCCCAGCCUAACCAUGCAAUGGUGAGGAAAGCUGGCCAAUUCUACAAUGGAAGGAUGAGGCCACAGAGGCCUGCGCAACCAUGUGAGGCUUUUCCCUUAGGGGUCCUGGGCAAGACUGAUUUUCCAGGUGCUUGCAUUGCUCAGGGAGCCAGUCCCUCCAGCUCCCACUGACCCUGUAGAAACAGGUCAGGCCACUGAAUCUCGGCAAAGACCAAAAUAAGUGAGAGCAGAGAGAGAGAUGGUGUAGCCAGUCCACGUUCUCCUAACAAGUUUCCAAGCUCCUCUCUUCAGGGCAGCAGCUCUGACCAGCUCAGGAACAUGCUCCUCCUGUGCCUGGCGCUCUCGUCCGCCUUUUUUGUCAGAGUCUUUGUCUGGACCGUCUUCCAGCACUUCCUUACCGCAGACGUGCCCUCGACCUUGCAACAUCCCGCCAAGCUCAGAUUUCUGCAUUGCCUGUUCCUGUACGGGUACACUUUGGGGCAUAUAUUUGAGAGGCUGGGAAUCUGCUCCAUGCCCAGAUUUCUCCAGUUUCUGCAGGGCUUUGUGAGAACCAAAACGGAUGCUAGAGUUAUAGCGGUUGACCUGUAUUUUGGGACCAUCCCUGUGAGGCUGUUCCAACCCAAGGCAGAGUCCUCCAGCCCCCGGCGAGGCAUCAUCUUCUUCCACGGAGGAGGCGGGAUAGUGGGGAGCCUGGACUUGUCCCACAGCCUGUGCAGUUUUCUGGCCCUGGAGACGGACUCUGUGCUGCUGUCGGUUGG